AUGGACACGCGAUCGGUGGUUCGAAGCCGUCGCAGGAGCACCAGGCUGACAGGUCACUCUCCCCAGGACCAGCCUGCCAGACCCCCUACGAAGAGGAAGAAACGCAACCCUGGCCACAGAACUUCGGGCCAUUCGAGCAGCAGUGAGUCUCGUGAGUCAAGUUGCCCCGGCGCAGACGCAAGCCCCAAGCAGGCGUCAUCGAGCCCCGAUUCCCACCCCAAGCCUCAAGAGGACAAGACUGCCAAAGCAACGACCGCAGAAGCAACGGAAGAUGAGGACGACAACGUUGUGCCCCCACUCCUCCCGAAUCCCCCUUUGUCCCAGGACAACGUGGCAGUCUUUCACAGAGCUGAGACUGAGCCCAUCACCGCACCCCGCAACAAGUCAGUUGACACCCCCUCCGAGAAUGCUAGCAAGGAUCAUGUGAGCAACAAAUGGGUCAAGACGGCGAGGGGCUCCAUAAGGCUGGCCAGUGACGGCCCGCCUGAGGCUUCGAAGGACGGGGAAAUCAAGAAAGUGGGUGACGUCCGCGAGGGUCAGAGUGUCCGAUCUGCUGCGGUUAGACGACGAAGCAGGAGGCUCGCAUCCUUGUCGCCCGAUAUGGUGGAGGAAACGAUUGAAGUCCAGCCACUGCGUUCUCGAAGACCCACGAAAGUCAAGGCGGAGGCUACCUCGCCCGCCCCUGAAGGCUCUGAUGAAGGCUCUGAUAAGCCCCAGGAGUGGAAGGUUGAACUGCAAGACCGCUCCGCCAAAUCAUCAAAGAAGAAGGAUCGAUCCACUCAGCCGACGCGCCACGAUGAGCUUCCCUCACACGGUGGCAACAGCGCUGGCCCUAUCGAGCAGGAGCCCGACCUCCCCAAGAAUGUUGCCCCGAUCCCCGAGCUUCUGGCAGACAUCGAGAGAAUCGUCCUGUCGAGCCCCCUGGCUGCCAGAGACCCAGACAACGACCGAACCAAAGUCGCGUCGUCUCCUACCCCAACCCCAGCCCCAGCUGCCGAGAAGCAAGCACAGGCCAGGAUGCUCACCAGGUCUCGGGCCCUCCGCAGCUCCUCGCGAUUGAGCGGCGGUGCUGCUGGGAUUGGGAAGGGCUUGGACCUGGACAGCGUCGACUCGGACUCGUCGCAACUCGACGGGGCGUAUGACGACAGCAUACGGGGCCAGAAGAAGAAGAACGCGCAAGUCAAACACGGCAAGGCCAGCGCAGUCACGCCCAGCCAGCCCCGCGGGACCAAGAGACGUGCAGAGCAAGAGCUGUCGGAGCCUGAGGGACCUGCUCCUGCCCCGAUCACCCGACUUCGUCGCAGCCAGGCCGGCGGCCGCUCCAACCCCGAAGUCGACCUCAGCUCAUCCAACCCCAUCGAGGCGGCGACAUCCCGCGACGCCUUCGCCGCCGACGACCCCAGCGCCGAGAUGGCAGUCGGCAUCGGCGAGUUCGCCCGGCGGAGCGGCGAGCCGCCGAACUCAGUCACGCUCGCGCACAUGAUCAGCAGCGACAGCCUCAUCCAAGCUGAGAACGACGACAACAUUCCCACAGAAGCACGGCACGGCUCCCAGCAGCCCUCGGGCCCCCCGGGGAGGGCAUCAGGACAUCACGACCCCGAGGAGGAGGCACAGGGCCCCGCAGAGGAGGCAGACAACAACAACAACAACAUCAGACCCACCUGCGACGACUGCGGCAGGGCGCCGGCGCGGUACAUCGUCUGCGCCAGGUGCCUGGGCGCCGUCUACUGCGGCAAGUACUGCCAGCUGUGGGCGUGGCCCGCGCACCGGGCGCACUGCGAGGAGGCGGAGGGGGCGGUGUGGGAGGCGGCCGACGCGCAGGCGGCGUACCUGGACGACAUGUGGGCGGCGGCGCUCAGGAUGCUGGAGGGGGAGGCGGACAUCGCCGGCGGGGAGGUCGAGUCGCUGCUGCUGGGCGAGGCCGUCCGCCACUCGGCUGCCCGCCGGGCGUCCAUGGGCCAGGGCAGGCCGCGUGGCUUUGGGGGGAUGGUCGUCGGUGGUUCUCUGCAGGGGCUGUUGGCUGUGCCUCCGGAUGAGGACUUGAUGGGUGGGAUGCGGGCCAUGUCGAUACUGUUGGCGCGGAGUGCGCUGGCGGGCGAUGAGUAGUGGCUCAGGGUUAGCUGGCGGAGGUGGUGGGGAC